AUUUAUUCUCCGAAUCUCAAGUCCACUGUGUAAUUUUAGGGCUUCCGGGCACUUCCGCGACGAUAGCUACGGCCAAGCUAAUGCCGGAUUCAGUUGGAUAAUCACCAUUGUUCUGUCCGCUCGUCAACCAGGUACUUAUUUGCUUCCGUCCGUUCGAUGAUUCGCUUAAUCUGCAAAAAUUUUCUGCGCAGAAGAGUUGCAGGUUCAUCACCACUCAGCCUGAGCCAUGGCUGUGUUUUCUCGACCUCAUCCCUAAAACCCACCUCAGAAACCUCGAAUUCGGCAGACCCACGAUCUCUCACAGUUCAAUAUCUCGAAAAUUCAUGUGGGCUGCCCUUAGAAUCGGCAAUUUUAGCUUCUAAGAAGCUCCACAUAGCAACCACUGACGCACCAGACUCUGUGUUAAGGCUCUUGAAAGCUCAUGGACUGAGCCAAACCUUCAUAAAAAAGUUUAUCGUUACUCGGCCAUCGAUUCUUAUGGCAGACCCAGAAAAGACCCUUAAACCCAACAUCGAGUUGUUUGCAUCUAUGGGGUUUUCUGGCACAAAUUUAGCUAAAAUCAUCAGCAAGUACCCUCGGAUUCUGGAAACUGAUGCACCCGCGGUUGUUGGGUUCUUCAGAGCUCAUGGAUUCACUGAGAAGCAAAUGUCAGUGUUGACCAUGAAGCGCCCUGUUUUGUAUGGGUGCAAUGCUCAUAAGGUCUUCAAGCCAAAGUUGGAGUACCUCAAAUCAUUAGGCUUUUCAGAUGCUGAGAUUGCGAAAAUUUUAUCGACGGAGCCGUAUCUUUUGGCAAGGAGUUUGGAAAACCAAAUUGUGCCUAAUGUUCAACUGCUUAAGCGCAUUGUUGGCUCAGAUGAGAAUGUGCUUAAGGUGAUCAGGGCAUGCUACUGUCUUAUUGAAUUUGAUCUGGGGACGAUGAUGGAGCCUAACAUCGCAGUCUUGAGAGGCUGUGGUGUCCCCGAGUCAAGAGUACUGAAGUUGAUAAUGAUUCAACCAAAUACGUUUGUUAUAAAAACUCAUCGAUUCAAGGAGAUCGUUGAAGAAGUUUUGAAACUUGGGUUUGAUCCUGCCAAUUAUCUUUUUAUUCUAGCUAUCCGUUCAUUGGCACUAAUGAGUAAAUCGCUUUGGGAGCAGAAGUUGGAAGCCUACGUUAGUUUUGGCUUGACAAAGGAUGAGAUUAUUUUAGCGUUCAAGUCACAGCCCAUGUUUAUGAUUAAUUCGGAGAAGAAGAUUAGGAAGUUGAUGGAUUUCUUCGUGAAUGUGCUGUAUUUAGAACCCUCCAGGAUUUCCAGGAAUCCAAAUCUUAUGCUGCUUAGUUUAGAGCGCAGAAUUAUUCCAAGGUGUUCAGUUUUGCAACUAUUGAUGUCAAAGAAAUUGAUUACAGGUAAUGUAAACAUAAUUUCUGUAUUCAAAAUAACUGAGAAGAUGUUUCUGGAGAGGUACGUGAACAAGUUUCAUUGUGUUGUUCCCGAAGUUGUUCAAGCACACCAAGGCAAGAUUGAGUUCAAAGGGUUUCCCAGUGAUGGUGCUAUGUCGUCGUGAGAUCCUUGUUUUGGAUCUGACUACCUAUAAUGGAGACAGUUCCGAAGGUCGUGUUUUUCAACUACAUAGUCGACCUGAACAUUUCUCCGUCAUAAUUUUUUUUUUCGUGGGCUGUUCAAGAACCCUUCGUCCCCCUGAUCACUGUCAUGCCAUCUGGAUGACUGACAGUUCUUGAAAGAUCAUGAGCCAAUUUUUCUCGGACAAGUCGAGGCAUCCAAUGAAGUUCAGGCGUGUCAGUUCUUAAGACUGGAUUAAAUUUAUAAACCUGAUAAGGCUCUCUCCCGACCAAAUUCAUUCGCCAUUUCUGAUCUUUUAUCUUUGAAUUGUAAUUUCUUUAACCAACUGUGUAGUAGAGUAAUCUCUGUUCACUCUUUCCAUUGGAGAAUUUGUUUACAAUUUUGAUCCAUAAUGAAGCUUACAUGUUCUACUUUCACAAA